CUCCUUACGGCGCCGCACCGCACCGCGCCGCGCCGCGCUCCUUACGGCACCGCGCCCUACGGCACCGCGCCCGGCCGGGCCAUGAUGGCAUGUGCCGAGCUGCUGGCCGUCUGCCUGCUGUCCGCCGACCGCGGCCCUGCGCCCCGCCGCCAGCCGCUCCCUAUCUUCCACGACAUUUUCCGGCGAGCUGACAAGAACGAUGAUGGGAAGCUGUCAUUUGAGGAGUUCAAGAACUAUUUUGCUGAUGGGAUCCUGAGCUCAGAGGAGCUGUGGGAGUUGUUUAGUGGCAUUGACAGGCGUCAUUCAGAUAACGUGGACACAGAGAAAUUGUGUGAUUAUUUCUCGGCGUAUCUCGGAGAAUACAGGAACGUGCUUUCGGCCCUGGAAGCCCUCAACUCUGCAGUCCUGGCAGCCAUGGACAAAACCAAGCUGAGGUAUGAGACCUCCUCGAAGAUGGAGCAGUUCCUGACCCGUUUCCUGCUACGGGAAACCAUGCACCAGCUGCAGUCCCUGCAGGCCUCGCUUGAGUGUGCCGUGGACACCGUGGAGGAGCAGGCGGGACGGGAGAGAAAGGACAUAAAGAAACCUGAGGCCUCAGUUGGCCUGAGGUCAGGGAGACGAUGUGGGCGCAGAGGACAGAAGAACGUCUGUCUGUCUCCGACAGACCCCUAUUCUGGGAUGCUAACGACAGGUGUUUGUGUUGAAGACAACAGCCAGUGGAUGGCACAGAUCAACAGGCUCCAGCAGCUCAUCGAGAAGCUAGAGUGCAAGAGCCCACGCCUGGAGCCGCUGAAGGAGGAAGCGAUGUGCAAAGGGAGAGAUGCACACAUCCUGGUGGCAAAGAGGCAGAUCUCGGUGGCAACGAGCGGCAUUGAGGAGUUCCGCCAGGCAUUCCGGUCCUACACGGAGGUCACUGCCGGGCAGAGCAGUUGCCUGCACGUGUCCGCCUGCAAGCUGACGGACGAGGCCUGCUUCAUCCUUUACGAGUUCUGGCAGGAUGUGACUUCAUGGAGAAGCCACUUGCAGUCCAGCUGCAGCAAGACUUUCCAGCGGUCCAUCAUCAGCCUGCUGGAGUCCCCGGAGCUGCUGACCACCAUGCUCUUCCCAGCAUCCUGGUGGAUCAUGAACAACAACUGACCCUGGGCAGCCUUUUCCAGGAUGCCGUCAGCAUGCAGAAGGGCGCGGAGCCCUCGGCGCAGCCCUCGCCUUCCCUUGCUUUCGUCACCUCCCUGUCCCUCCUUCCCUCCUGCGGGCUGGUGGGGGCUGCCUGCCCAUCGUCCCUGGCAGUGUUUUACCCUUUUGGUCUUUUCAUGUCGAUUUAUUUAUUCCCCCAUCCCAAGAGAGUCUCUGUGCUGCCUGGGGGAGCAGGGCCCUCCCAGCAGCACUACGGGAGCCCCAUUUGGGGUGGCAGCCUUGCCCUUGGGGGGAGCACUGGUCUGGUUUCUGCAGCCCUCAGCCCCUCUCACACCGCAGCUCCUCUUCCUCCUGGCUCUGAGGACAGGCCAAGGCUCCACAGGGGGCUGGGACAGGCUGGGGUACAUGGCUCUGGCCAGCUGUGGCUCUGUGGGCUGCCUUGUAUGGAUUGUGAAUAGUGUUUCAUAGAAAAAAAAAAAAAUAUUUCUAGCCAGGUGUGCUGGAUCUGGCUGUGGCCACCCUGGCAGCCUGUGCAAUGGCUUUGAGGCUGGAUGUGUGCUCCCCUCGCUUGUGCACGUCCCCCCAGUAAACCACUGCACCUCCCAGGCAGGGCGAGCAUUGCUAAUAGCUGUCGCUUCAUCCUGCGGCUCAUUUAACACAAACCAGAGUUAGCGCUGGUUCCAGUGCUGCCGGAAAGGCUGAAGCUGAAUUAAUGGUGAGAGGGGCAGUGGUGGGUGGCAGGGGGUGAGUGAAGAAGGCGCUGUGGCCCAGGGGUUGCACGCUCAGGGUUUCUGUGUUGGCACUGCAGACUGUUGCAAACAGUGUGGAGUGAGCAGUACCGCGGGCCAGCAGGGCUGGGCAUGGUGGGCAGGGGCCAGCAGGGCAGCAAAUGCCUGCAAGGAAGUGCCUCCUGGCGUGGAGAAUAGCGCUGUCCUUGCACCCUGUCCCUGACACCUGGUGUGCUUCACCACGGGUACCCUGGACCCCCAACCCUCACUUAUCUGGGUGCCUGCCCCCCACCCCCCCCCUCCCCAUGGGCACCAUUCCCCAACAGCACCCCCAGAAACACUAAUAUGACUGUUCUUCCCCAGGUGCAGUAAUUAAAAUGCAGUUAGUCUGUG